AUGGCCACCCACCGCGACGCCAACUCGCCGGCGAUGCCGUACGUCGACCCGGCCCCCUUCCCCUCGGACAUCCCCAAGGUCGACGAGGUCGGAACCACGUCGGCGCCCCUCAAGAGCGCCAGCUUCUUUAUCGGAGAGCACUGCAAGGAGGUCAACGAGGACUUUAUGCUGUGCAAGAACGAGAGCAGGGACCCCAAGCACUGCCUCCAGGAGGGCAGGAGGGUCACCCGCUGCGCACAGGACCUCAUCCGGAAGCUGAGCGAGCACUGCGGCAAGCAGUGGGAAGACCACUGGCAGUGCCUCGAGAAGCACAACCAGGAAUUCUACAUGUGCCGGAAGCCCGAACGGACAUUGAACCAAUGCGUUUUUGAGAAGCUUAAACUGGCCAAGAACAUCCCCGGAUCGCCAGAAGGCCAGCCGCAGGUGCACGAGAAGAAGAACCCCAUCUGGAGCGGUGUCCAGAGGUAG